AGAAGCUUAUCAAUUGAAGGAAAAGAGUCUGAAGAAGCAGUUUCUUAUUCACUCACUCAAAUUCGCGUUUCAAUACAAAAAAACGCUUUUGCUCCUCCCAAGCUGAAACUAUCAAAGGCCUCCCCCCCUGUGCUCGCUCACAUAAUCCAAUCUAUUUUUAGAAUUUCCAUUUCCUUCUUUGCCCAAUUUGGUUCCUGAGAUAUCCCCCUAAAUUGGUGGGUCUCUUUCUUUGAAUCUUUGAAUCUUUGAAUCUUUGAAUCUUUGAAUCUUUGAAUCUUUGAAGAAGAAAUAUUCAAUUUCUUCCCUUUCUUCUACACGUAGCGAAAGUUUGCCCGGCAAGUGACUAUGGGUCUCGUUGUCUCAAGAAAUAUUGCAGCUUUUAUUUUCUCUUCUCCUCUUUUCUCCAAGAAAAAUAGUGGGAAUUUCAUUCCCAUGCAACUUGAGAACGUGGUUUCCUUGGUGUCCCGGACGGGAAGGCAUUUGCAGCGCUAUGAUAAAGAUUGUCGCCAAGUUGUAGGAUGCAUACCAUACAGAUUUAGGAAAACUGAACAAUCUUCAUCUCUUGAGGAAUUAGAAGUUCUUGUGAUUAGUUCACAGAAUGGUCAAGGAAUGUUGUUCCCAAAGGGAGGUUGGGAAAUUGAUGAGUCUAUCGAAGAAGCGGCUAAAAGAGAGACGCUAGAGGAAGCCGGUGUGAUUGGCCAACUUGGAAGUAUAUUGGGUAUGUGGCGUUAUAAGAGCAAAAGCCAUGGCACAUUUCGUCAGGGGUACAUGUUCCCUUUGCUUGUCCAGCAGCAACUGGACCUUUGGCCCGAGCAAAGUGCCAGAAAACGAGAAUGGAUGACUGUUGCCGAAGCUAGAGAAGCAUGUCAAAAUUGGUGGAUGAGGGAAGCUUUGGAGAAGUUAGUUUCUCGACAAAUGCACCCCCAACAGGCAGAAGAAGAAACAAAACGCACGUAGAAUUUCAUAGCUUUGGAGUUUCUUUUCUUCUUUUCAAAUUUUGGAGGACCAAACGGAUGUAGGCAGGGAGAAUUAGUAGUUUUCUUGGUCCAAAGAAAGCUCAGAUUAGGAAUGAGGAAGUCGAAUAGAACCAUCAUCUUAAGGUGUUUGUGGCCUUGUUUUGUUCCUGCCAUCGUUCCUUCUCGAGUUAACUUGUCACCAAAACGAGGGCUGAUUGCAAAACCAUACAAUGUAGUUGAAGAUCUUAGAGACAAAACAACUUGUACAUGUACAAAUUCCAUUCUUUCAAUUCAAUUUCAAUUGAUUCAUUCUUUUCUAUGAAACUUGUCCCCUCUGUAUUUUAUUUUUUUUGUCGAAAAUCCCCUCUGUAUUUGAA